AUGGGUAGCGUUUGUGCUGAUCAGAACCAGCUCAAGUUCCAUCAAUCCCACCAACUGUAUCACAAGAAAAGCACAAGAGAAAUUGAUAUCCCUCCGAGAAAACUGUUUAGCCGCCGGUCAACCUCUAGUCAGGCAACGGAGAUGUUCAUGGACUCCUCCAAACCUGCUGAAGAUGGCCUGUUGCAAAGAUUCUUGCCGUACAACAACGUCGAUGAUGAUGAUGCAGAUCCUUACUCUUCUGAUCGUUUCAGAAUGUAUGAAUUCAAGGUUCGAAAGUGCACUAGAAGCAGUAGCCAUGACUGGACUGAUUGUCCCUUUGCUCAUCCCGGAGAAAAGGCCCGGAGAAGGGAUCCCAGAAGGUACCAUUAUUCUGGUACUGUAUGUGAAGAAUUUCGUAAAGGCCAUUGCAGCAAAGGGGAUAGUUGCGAGUUUGCCCAUGGAGUUUUUGAGUGCUGGCUUCAUCCGACGAGAUAUCGAACUGAGGCAUGUAAAGAUGGCAAGAAUUGCAAGCGAAAGAUCUGUUUUUUCGCGCACUCUACAAAACAACUUCGUAUUUUAUCUGAUAACUCUUUUCCUCCAUUGAAUUCUCCGGCUUCUGUCGAAAAUAAGUAUAAUUAUUUGAACCAUUGCUGUGUUCAUUGUCACUCUAUGAUUGCUUCUCCAACAUCUACUUUGAUGGGAAUGUCUCAUCUGCCAUCCCCUCCGAUUUCGCCACCAAUUUCUCCAGUCAAAACACAGGAAUUUUCGCGUCGUCCACUCGAAUCUUCUGCUCUGAAUGAAUUUAAUUCUGGUGGGAUGAGUUAUAAUGAUGCCUUCACUGAACUUAUGGGCAAUUUGGAAGCCAUGAAUAUGAAGGAAGCUGCUUCUUCACAUGGAAAUUUAUUCAAUCUUGAUCGUGAACAAUCCCAAUUGUUGCUCUCCCCCUCAACACCAAAUCCUGCAGUUUCAAACACAUUCUUCAAUGGAGAUCUUCCAAGCAGGGAUUUCACUAAAGGCAACAAGUACAACAUCAAUGAAAGUGGACCUGAUUUUGGGUGGGUCAAUGAUCUUUUAACCUAA